AUGAGCACUUUGAAUGACAAUUACGCGAUACACAAAGUCUCUCUUAAACGCACUCGCCAGGCGUGUGGUCCAUGUCGUCGAAAGAAGGCGCGUUGUCCUGGAGAAAAGCCCACAUGCGCACUGUGCCAGAGAUUAGGCCAGCGUUGUACAUAUGGUUCGCAGUCGACACCAAACAGGGCUAGGCACACUAGAGCCCCCUCCAACGAUGGUCAGGAACAAAAUACAAGUGAAUUGCAAGAAGUAGUGUUACACCACCCCCACCAACCAACCCCCAUAUCUGCAUUUCAGCGGAUUGAAAAACGACUAGACGACUUGACCAAUAUCCUGCAGCCCGUAUUCUCCGACGACUUCAUGAAAUCAGAAGUAGAGACAUACCUCAGAUUCUUCCAUGAUCAACCAUACUGUGUCUUCUCCAAAAGUUGGCUGAUCGCAAACGCACUCUUGCUACCUCCGGAGAUUGCAUUUCCACUGGUAGCCCUUACGUCCCGACUCACACAACGUUUGGAUGUUAUAAACAACAUGUCAGUCACAAAAUACUCUACUGGAAAGGCAUGGGAUGUCCUGUCAAAGCAAUACAGAGAUUCCAAAAUGGGGCUUUCGUUUCUACAGGGAAACUUCCUGUUAGCUCAGGUUGACUUUGCUGACGGUCGGGCCCAACGGGCGUAUGCUUCUGUUGCUCUUGGUAUUCGAACCAUUCAGUCUGCUGGUCUGAACAGGGAGCAGCACGCGUCGACCCUGCAGCAUUCCGAGGCAGAGGAAACGAGGCGCAUAACUUGGGCAUUCUUCAUGCUGGACCGCAGUUACAAUGCCUCAAGGAAUUAUUCCCCAUGUCUUGCAGACAAACACUUCACUCUCCAGCUUCCGGGGACAGAUACAGAAGAGUCAUAUCAUGGACAAGGCUCACCAACAAACGAAAGAUUACAACUUAUCCCAAGAAGGAUGGGAGAAAACGCAGACCAGGGCAUCUUGACAUGCCUUAUCAGACUGCACUCUCUAUGGGGCAAAGCCACAGAGUAUGUUUUUGAACCAUUCGGCGAAGACGCGUUGCCUCCCUGGCAAACUGGGUCUGCACUUGCAGUCCUAGAGUCGGAGUGGCUAGAUUUUGAAACGCAUUUUCCAGACAAGUACCGCUAUAUAAAUGUGGAUUUUAAGCGACGAGCUCGCGACGAUACCCAGUCUCGCGCGUAUCUUUCAACAUGGUUAUGCUGCCAAUUCCUUCUGCAUUCGAUCCAGUGCAUUCUGCAUCAUCCGUUUUUCACGAUGGCCAAACUUCGCAACAUGAAAGGAAAUCUCUCCGCGACAUUUUUGCAAAAGUCGUACGAAAGUUCCCUCCUUCAUUCUCGAUGGAUUGCGCGACUGGCCAAGGAAAUGUCCGAGGUUGAUUUCCAGGUCCAUGACCCAUUUCUUGGGUAUCUUGCAGCUAUAGCCGCCACCAUUCAACUAGAACACACAGUCAACAAGAGGCCAAAGGUUGCUCUGAUGGUAAACAAUGAGUUUCGAGUUUUGGUUGAUUUCAUGACUCACUUAUCCAUACAUUGGGAGAGCACGAAGGUCUUGGUUGAUCGUGUGAACGAAAUAGCUGUGCGGCACCGGGAUUAUGGAUCUCUAUAUUACAAUCAGGGUCGAUAUUCCGGGGCUCAUCCCAGUAUGCCCACUACAUUGAAUAUACCAAGAAUGUCCGACGAGGACGAAGCUCUGCUGUGGGAGAUUCUUGAUCUCGGUUCGUCUUUUGGGCCUGUUGGAAUGGCAAACCAGUCUUUAAGCCCUUCGCUAGAUCAGGAUAUCGGGAUGGGAGACUCACAUCCUGUGGACCAACUACCUAUAUCAGACGUCCAGGUGUUAGAUCAUGGCUCGAGGAUUCUUUCUCCCAGUGCAAAACAUCUCCACACGCAAAUGCCUGAAUGUGAACGCGAAUACUCCAUGCGAGGUUGGCCGUUUGCUGGUCGGAACGACUGUGAUAAUCUUGGAGAGGGGAUACCUGGCAUUCCUGACUGGAUGCUCCUGGAUGGUUAUCUAGCAGAGAGAUAG